CACACGUGUCCAUAAACCCUAAUUUUCCAGUUUUAUGAAAUUAAGAACGAAAUUGAAGUGAAAGUGAAAUCGUGCAAUUCAUCUUCCUCUUCUCUUAUAAACCCUAAUUUCGAAUUCUCAGAAUCGAACUUGGCUUCAGAGAAGAAUGGAGACUAAAGAAGUAACAAGAAUUGUGACUGAUGAAGAAAAGCAAUUCGCCAAGAAUUUCAACAUAUUUGAUCUCCCUGACGUCCCUACCGGACUUCCUCCGCAUCUUGAGCUCCAGCGAACUCGCGCUGUCUGUAAGAAUGAUGCUCCUAUUCAUCCUACGAGUGUCCUUUACUCGGGUGCCUAUGCCUCUAUGGGAGUGGACAACAGUGUAAGACUAGAAAACUUUUCUGAGGAUUUCAAAGUUGAUGUGAUUAGUCUCACAGAGACAUAUAUGGUUUUCGAUAUGAUUGGUGUCCCUGCAGGAAUCGCUAAUGCUUUCCGAAGAAUCCUCCUAGCUGAGCUUCCUUCAAUGGCUAUUGAAAAAGUGUUUGUAGCAAACAACACGUCGGUUAUUCAAGACGAAGUUCUUGCUCACAGGUUGGGUCUUAUUCCAAUUGCCGCUGAUCCAAGGCUCUUUGAAUAUUUAUCCGAAAACGAUCAGCCAAAUGAAAAGAACACCAUUGUUUUCAAACUCCAUGUAAAAUGUCCAAAAGGUGACCCGCGUCGUAAAGUCUUAACAAGCGAAUUGAAAUGGUUACCAAAUGGAAGUGAGCUUGUCAAAGAAUCUGGAGGUUUAACCACAAAGCCAAAAACUUACACUUCAUUCAGCCAUAGCCAAGAUUCCUUCCCUGGAUUUGCAAAAAAUCCUAUCACGCCAAGCUUUCAAGAUAUCUUGAUAGCAAAACUCGGCCCUGGUCAGGAAAUCGAGCUUGAAGCUCAUGCGGUUAAGGGCAUUGGUAAAACACAUGCAAAGUGGUCCCCAGUUGCAACGGCUUGGUACCGAAUGCUUCCUGAGGUGAUUCUACUAAAGGAAUUCGAGGGUAAACAUGCCGAAGAACUCGUAAAAGUAUGCCCCAAGAAAGUUUUUGACAUUGAAGACAUGGGCCAAGGUAGGAAGAGGGCAACAGUAGCUCGGCCGCGUGAUUGUUCGUUGUGUAGAGAAUGCAUAAGAGAAGGAGUGGAAUGGGCGAAACAAGUGGAUCUGCGCCGUGUCAAGAACCAUUUUAUAUUUACGAUCGAGUCCACCGGAUCACAGCCUCCGGACGUUCUUUUCAACGAAGCAGUGAAGAUAUUGGAAGAUAAAUGUGAAAGAGUAAUCUCUGAACUCUCCUGAAAAGAGAUUUAAUUGGUUUAGCUCUACCUGCUUGGUUCCGGUUUAGUUCAGUUUUUGGGUUUUGUAUCGAAGUCAAUAAUACAAAGAACAUUGAAAUUUAUACUUAGUUUUCGGCUCGGUUCAAAUUAGAAUUUAUGUGAACAUUGGGGGCAAAUAUCUCAUGUGAACGUUGAAGAGUAUAUGGAUGAACGUACAUACACAUUCAUUCUUAA